AUGUAUGCAGUACUGUGCGUGCAUUUGCAUCCUCCCCCCUCCUCUUCUUCAUCAUCAUCUGGUUCUUCUAAUGCUGGUGGUGGUGUUCCUGGUGACUUUGUGUGUCAUUUAAAAGAUGUUGGCGUGAGGAUUCCAGGAGGCAAGAAACUCUUUGAACGAGUGAGUUUAGGCUUUCUACAUGGUGCAAAGAUUGGUGUCUUGGGUGCUAAUGGAAGUGGAAAGUCUACGUUACUUAAGAUCAUUGCCGGUGUGUACAGUGACUUUGAUGGCGAACGAUGGGUUAAAGAUGCAUUGAAAGUUGGUUAUUUGCCACAAGAACCACAGUUAGACCCAAGCAAAAACGUAUAUGAAAACAUUAUGGACGGAUUGAAGGAAAGCCAAGCGUUGUUGACCAAGUUUGAUGAGGUGUCCAUGGCUAUGGGUGAGCCAGACGCUGAUUUUGAUGUUCUUUUGGAAGAGCAGGCCAAACUGCAAGAUCAGAUCGAGUAUUUAGGCUGCUGGGACUUGAGUCAUGAAGUGGAGAAAUCUAUGGCUGCAUUGAGAGUACCUGCUGCAGAUGCAGAUGUUGAGGUACUGUCGGGAGGUGAACGACGUCGUGUGGCGCUGUGCAGACUAUUACUGGAGAAGCCGGAUAUGCUACUGCUCGACGAGCCCACAAAUCACUUGGAUGCCGAGUCAGUACAUUGGUUGGAAGGCUUUUUGAAAAAUUAUCGCGGCACAGUGCUGUCCAUUACCCACGACCGCUACUUUUUGGACAAUGUUGCUGGUUGGGUCUUGGAGCUGGACAGAGGAGAGACGUACGCGUAUGAAGGUAACUACACAAAGUGGCUUACCCAGCGUCGUAACCGCUUCAAUAUGCAGCGAAAGAGCGACGCGAUCCGUGCAAAGCAAAUUGCGUCCGAGAUUGCAUGGUCUCGUGAUCAUCAGGGAAGUAAAAAGGCGAACAAGGCGCGUUUGAAGAAAUUGCAGGAAAUGGAGUCUACUGGAUUUCGUGCGUCGUCACGGGUCGAGGAGGGACAGAUCGUGGUGCCGUCAGGUGUUCGGUUGGGUAAUAAGGUCAUUAAGGUAAACAAUUUGUGCAAAAAGCUAGAUGAUGGACGUGUACUCUUUGACAAGCUUUCGUUCGAGAUCCCACCCCAUGCGAUUGUGGGCGUUGUGGGAGGCAACGGAAUGGGCAAGUCUACGCUAUUUAACGUUAUUGCUGGCAUUGAGGAUCCUGAUGGAGGCAGUGUGGAGUUGGGUGCGACUGUAAGCUUGGGUUUUGUGAGUCAGAGCCGCGACGAACUGAGUAGCAGACGAUCGGUUUACGAGGAGAUUUCGGGUGACAAUGAGUUUGUGGAGAUCGGUGGAGAUCGCAUUAAUACACGUGCUUACAUAGCGAGUUUUAACUUACGCGGUGGCAUGCAAGAAAAGAAGGUCGGCUCUCUCAGUGGUGGUGAGCGCAACCGUGUUCACCUCGCCAAAAUGCUGUUGGGUGGCCACAACGUGGUGAUGCUUGACGAGCCGACGAACGAUCUUGAUGUUGACACGCUGCGUUCGCUUGAGGCUGCACUUACGGACUUUGACGGCGUAUCCAUGGUGAUUUCUCACGACCGAUGGUUCUUGGACCGCAUUUGCUCCCACAUUAUCGCGUUUGAGGGCAAUGGUUGCGUGACAUUCUUUGACGGCAACUACAGUGAGUACGAGAGAGAGCGCAAAUCGUAG